UACCACAAUGUAGUGCUUACUCAAAUUAAGAGAUAUACAAAGUAUGAUCAUGUUAACUUCAAUACUUUCUGAGAUAUAACCAUUCAUAGUUUGUAUGGUAUAAUCAAGAAAAACACAUAAAUUUGCUUAUAUCUCAGCAACAAAACAAAAAUUGAGAAAACUGACGAGGAAAACAAAAGAACAUAUCCAUAUCAUCAUAUAUGCUAACUUUGAACUUGAUUGGAUCAAUGGUUGUUUUACAAUAAAUCACAACGUUUUGCAUUACAUAUGUAAUUCUGAUUCUUCGUUGCCUCAGCAAUCGUAAAAAUGUUAGGAUGUUUCUAAUUUCCGCUGCAAUUGUUUACAUUUUGAAUUCUUAUCAACACAAAAAUGACACAAAACCAGUACAGCUUUAUACACAGAAUUAAGAAUAUCACAGAAGAAUGGCCAAGAACAAAAGGUUGAAUAAUAAAGGCAAGAAUCCCAGAGGGCGUCCAAGAAAGAUUCAGAGGACUCUUACUGGGGCCAUCCGACGGCGUCCUCAACCUGAAGAAGAAACAUCAGCGGCUAAUCCAGAACCACAGCGGCAAGCUCAAACGAAUGGAGGUACGAGACAACAAGAAGACCCAUUAAUUAUUGAGAUAGACUAACUGACCUGUUAUGAGAACAAGAUAUGGGACCAAGAAACCUCCAAGUUCUGUCACAGAAUACCCAUACAGAGAUCACAGACU